AUGAACGCUGGCCACAGGGCCGACGAUAUCUUGCCAGAUCUCACUAACCACUUUGGUUCUUCCCGCAGCGCGAAGGCCGCGAGGCGCAAGCAUGGCUCCUCUCUCGCUCGGAAACCCACCUCAAAUGCAGAGGCAGGCCCAUCUGGAACAGCUGGAACAGGUCUCUUGACACCGCCGUCAUCGCAGAGCCAGGCAGAGAUGGACGCGAGGAGGAUGCUGAUCAGUCCCCCACCCGAGGAGUUCCUCCGAAGGAAUAGGACUUCGGUGCGCUCUCGAUUGACGUCCGCACCUGCGGAAUUGCCCCAUGUUGCUACCUCGGCGCCCAAGUCGGCGAAGCCUGCUGCGAAGCGCAAGCGUCAAAUCAGUGCCGGCACGAUACAAGAAACAAGCGUCUUCGACGCUGGAGCUGUGUCCGAAGAAGGCGUGAGCUCGCUAGUAGAUACCCACGUCGCCCCAGAGGCGACGCCCAACGGCAAGCCCCGCAAGCAGUCCAAGCGUCAUGUCAGCUUCGUUGCCCGUGAAACUUCACCUCCCCGGCCUUCCACAAGCAAUCUUGCAGCCUCCGUUACGACACCCACGCGCCUCUCUCGCUCCCGCUCCGAGUCGCCCACCAAGCGCGUCCUGUUCCUCUCCCCGCACCAGACGAAUCCCCGCGCGGACUACAUCCCGCCCUCUCCUUCACGCCGCCGCGAAUUCGUCUCCGCGCCCGCUCGCCGCCGCUCCGUCACGCCAGUCUUCCCAUAUGAGCCCCCGCCCGAGCGCUUCACCCCGCCGCGCGAGGUGUUCUGCUCGCCCCCGCAGGAGUCCCCGACGCGCUCGCGCACCCAGCGGCGCAAGUCCGUGCAGAGCGCGAAGGGCGCGAAGAGGCUCACGCUGACGAUCAAGAAGGAGCCCCCGGUGAUCGACCUGACCCAGCCGCUUCCCCCACCCUCGCCGACGGAUGACCCGCUCUUGUUGUCGGGCCCGCCCCGACGUCAGAAGUCGAAGCAAGCACGCCCCUCUACUCCGCCGACUCGCCGCGUACCUUCUUACUCCUUCGACGACUCUUUCGACGCGGAUGCCCGCGCUUCUGUUCACUCGCUCAGUGGUUCUACACAUUCGCAUUCUCGUGAUACCCCACCGCUCGCGUCGAGCUCGCCUGUGCGCCUUCAUGACGAUGACGAUGAAGACGCGCCUCUCCCGGAGCUCAUAAUGAGCGAACCAGCUCAUAUGGGCCCCUCCGACGCAACAUUCACUGACGACGACGAUGCCGGAGAUCCCAUGCCUGCAUUUGACUUUGCUGCGCUGGACGCGGCGGGCGACGAUGACUGGAGCGAUGACGAUCGUGGACCAGGGCAAGAGGAUGCAGAGGAUGAGGCGACGGGUGAGUAUACGGGGAGGUUCAGGAUGAUGGCGGUCCCGACGAAGGCGGAUCCGCCGAGCAGUUGCACGAGGAUCAGGAUGGACGCGUGGGGACGGCCCAAGAGCCCGCACCCGCACAGGAGCUUGGCAGCGCUGGAAGAGGGAGAGGAGGAUCGGGACGAAGAGGACGAGGCUAUGGAAGAGGUGGAGGCGGCCACAGUUGGUGAGCUCGAAGGGGACAGUGCUGAGCUGGAGGACGAUGAUCGUCAUCCACCCGUGGAGAUCGAGCCACAGUCGACCGCACCUACCGACGACGAAAAGUCAUACGAGGUUCAGAACCAGCCGGCCGACUCAGAUAUCUCCGGGGAGGUGCAAGAAGUGGUCGACCUUUCGGUACACGAUGACCUGUGGGCGCAUUCAUCUUCUCCCGUUGAACCACACGAUCGUACGAACACUCUACACCAUGAGUUCUACGUGCCGAUCCCUAACGACGCGCAAGACAUCGUCGACACAUCAGUACCCGAACCCUCACGAACGCCUUCCUCGUCCCCAAUCGAGUUGCUUGCCAGACCGGCCGAACCUCUAGAUGACUUCGACGUACUCAUGGACGACGCGAGCGACCAGGACACCCUCACGGAGCCGGACCUCGACCUCGCGGACGACUUCAUGUCCCACUUAAGCUCGCAAGAGAAGCAGGGACGUAUGGGCGUGCCCAGCGUUGUAUCUCCAUUGCCGAGUACGUCUACCAUCAUGACAGAGACUCCUGUUGUGGAAGUCCAGGUCGAGGCGGCUCGAUCUCCAUCCUAUGUCAUCGAGGAUACGACAACCAUAACAGAACAUGCGUCUCGUCUCUCUACCGCACCCCGCCCUACCAACGCCGACGCAAGCGACGUGGCUGAACAGCAGACACAGCCUGCGGAGGCAGACGAGUAUGACCACCCGGCAGAUGACGACGAUGGCGACGAAAGUGAUACCCUGGACGACGGGGUCAUCAAGAUCACCAGCGAUGACCCGUUAGCGGCUGCUCGUGCUGCGGCCAUCCUCCGCUUGCACGACUAUGACUGCGUUCCGCGCAUCCUCACCAAGAAACGUCGCCACUCGCACCUCGACGCGCCCUCCGUCAUCCGAGAUGCGCGCCGUCGUUCAUCGCUCGCAUCUGGGAUCAACAAGGGCAAAUCCUCGUUCAUACCGAACGCGCCACGCCGCCACACUCUCGGGGGAAUGCUUGGUGACAAGGUGUUCAUACCCGGGAGCCCCGCCAUGACCGUUCCGGAGCUGCUCAACGAAGCAGAGCGAUCGCUGGAUCUCGAGCUUACCAAGCAAGGUCAGAGUAUGAUCAUCCGAAGAGUAGAAGAAUCCCGCAAUGCGUUUGUCACGCCGAUGAAACCUGGAGAGUCGUCUAGGGCGGUGGACUCGUUUAGCUGGGCGACGCCUAGCUUUUCGUUGGAGGAUAUGUCGACGCCGGUUGGGCGGCCGGAGGGUGCCUGGACGCGCAAAGAUUGGAAGAGGCUGGAUUCGUGCUUGACGGACGAGCGGCUCGUGCGUGGAGAGGGGAAGGCCCUGGCGGAUGUCGAAUUAUUGGACUUGGAGAAGGUUGUAGACAGAUUCCUUACGCAGCUAGAGGGGUCGUCUGCGCUGCAGGAGCCCUCUGGAUUCAAUCGGGAGGAUGUCCUACGGCGUGCAAGAGCGCUACAGAAGAAGCAGCAAUCUGGACGAGUCGCACCGCCUACCCCGUCAUCUUUCUCCCUGUUGGCGCAUACCCAGGAAGUGUCGAGUCUAGAGAAGGAGUGCAUUACACCGCAGGGACCCGCCUCUUCCACAGCUUCCGCUACCUCAUCGACCAUCGCGGAUGGUCCGCAACAGCCGAGAACCAACUCAGCUCUCCCGCGCCCCACGUUCGCAACACGCAUCAAGGGACUCUUCACUUCGUAUUUGCCUGUGGCCUCUAGCUCGAAGACACAGCCUGUCAAGAAGCCCGCAUCCGCGCAGCCAGGCUUACCCGUGCCACCUCCGGAAACCUUCGCCAAACCGCGCGCACCGAUCCACACACCCGCCCCGAAGCCCGUGCCCAAACCUGUCCCUCCGAAGAACACCGUCCACCUGAACAAUGUGCCCCCUCCGAAGCCGUCGAGGAUCCCCCGUGGCAAGGAGCAGCCUCGUAGACUGGUCGAGCUGCACCCACUGCCCGCGCCGCCGUCCGACAAGCCCAUCCGGAUCGACCCCCCUGCGAAGAGACGCAGCAGCGGCGGGAGCGUCAAGGAUCUGAUCAUGGCCUUUGAAGGCUUGGGCGAGGAUCAGAGCUCGAGCUCGAGGCCCGCUUCGGUCGCGUCGGUUCGUGGAGGGAGCAAGUUGAAAGAGCGGCCCCUAUGGAGACCUUGA